CUGACCACAGUGACUAGUGACUCAGUUGAACUCGAAGGCACGAUCAUCACGAUACGAAUCACUAGUCCCUGUCUAUUAUCAUCCUCUGGAUUUUGCAGGCACACAUCUAAUAUGUCAACUCACUUCCACCCGGAGGAUUCUCAGCUCAUCCAUGAUCUGCACAAGCUCUCAAAAAAGUCGCCCAAGCUGGUGCGCUCAACAGUGUAUAAAGCACCGUCCGAUCCCUCCAUCUCUAUCCGAAGCUGGAAGAUGAACGAGUUCAAGUACUAUGACGUUCCGUCGCCGUUUCCAACGCUUGCGAGAGGAUUGUUCACGCGUGAACUUUCCAAUGGAGACGAGUCUAAGGGAGAGCCAAAGUACCAAAUCAUAGCUCGAGGAUAUGAUAAGUUUUUCAACAUCGGAGAGGUCCCGUGGACCGAUUGGUCAUCUCUCUCCUUACAUACAGGACCCAUGUAUACGCUGUCCCUCAAAUCUAAUGGAUGCAUCAUAUUCAUCGCCCCUAUUUCUCCUUCAAUGCUGAUCGUCACGUCCAAACAUGCGCUGGGACCGAUGCAAGGGGUCUCAGAAACACAUUCUGAGGUUGGCCAUCGGUGGCUCAAGAAGCACUUGGCGGAUAAAGGCAAGACUGAGGAACAGCUGGCAGCAAAAUUGUGGGAGAAGAACUGGACAACAAUCGCCGAGCUUUGCGACGACAGCUUUGAGGAGCACGUACUUGCGUAUCCUGUCGAGAAUUCGGGUCUCCACCUCCAUGGAAUAAACGAAACUUCGAGGGAAUUUCAUACCAUGCCUACAGAAACGGUCGAUGCUUUCGCAGAAGAGUGGGGAUUUAUAAAGACGCCAGCCAUCACCCUGAACACUCUUCCCGAAGUUAAAUCAUUCACGGACGAUAUUGCAAAAACUGGGAAAUGGAAUGGUGAAGCGCUUGAAGGAUUCGUGGUCCGUACGCACAUCGUCGAUCCACAGCCGGGUUCUACCGUUCGCAAUACGCGUCCUCCGUACCCAACAGGAUCCUCUUUCUUUUUCAAAGUCAAGUUCGAUGAACCAUACAUGAUGUACCGCGACUGGCGGGAAGUUACCAAAACUUUGUUGUCAACGCAAGGACCACUUAACGAUGCCAAACUGCCAAAGUCAAAGUUGAAGCGGAAGGAGACCCGCCUUUACGUCGAUUGGGUAAAGAAGGACAUAAGGCAUAAUCCUAGUGCGUUUUCGGAGUAUGCGAAAGGCAAAGGCAUCAUCGCUACUCGCGAGAGAUUCUUGAAAUGGAUGGAGACCGACGAAGGGAAGAAGGGCUUAGUUGUGGAGAGUGAGGCGCCGCCAACCACCAAGGACUUCGGUAAAACGAUAAUUAUGCCAGUUGCCAUUCCUGGGUGUGGCAAGACCGCUGUUUCCGUUGCGCUUACUUCUCUGUUUAAUUUCGGCCACACCCAGAGUGACGAUGUACAAGCCAAAAAAUCUGCUCCCAUGUUCAUCAAGAACGUUGUCAGCCUCUUGAAGCACCACGAUGUUGUCAUAGCAGACAAGAACAACCACCUUAGGCAACAUCGUGAUUCAUUGCGCGAUGCCGUUGCCGAAAUGGACCCCCCUGUUCGUCUCCUCGCGUUGAAUUGGUCGCUCGAUCGACCUGAAGCGACAAUCCAUCGUAUAUGCGGUGAUAGAGUUUUUUCGCGUGGCGAUAAGCACCAGACUCUGCGUGCUGAUACCCUGGCCAAGGCACAUGAAGACGUUAUAUGGCAGUUUCUCCGUAAUUCAGAGGAGCUUGCUGACAAAGAGGUAGACGUGAGCAUAGAAAUGGACCUCGAAGAUACCCUUGAGCAAGCCGUAAACCGUGCAGUCGCUGGGUGCGUCAGCAUCCUCAGUCUUCAGCAGCCAAACGCAGAAGAGAUCGAUGAAGCCGUGCGCAAGGCCCGCAGCUACGUGCCUAAGACAAAGAAGCUUCAAGAAGAGAAGAAGAAAAAGAAAGAUGAGCAGCUCACUCCCCGCUAUUUCGGGCUCCUCCCCGAAGUCGAUCUCAUCGGUGUCGUCGGAAAACGAAUGGAAGAGGCAUCGGACGUGCCAGAAAAUGGAAAAGGGUUCUGGAAUGCUCUCGUUGCUGAACUAUCGUACCGCUCGCACAAGAACUCCCUCCCGGGUGCUAUUGAACUUUGGGAGCGGUGCUCUCAGCUCCACAAGAUGGCAUUUCCUCCAUCGUUCGCCUUCACUCUCGGUCAUUUGGUCUGGAACGAUCGAGUUAUGGCCAUCACUGUGGACGACUUCGAGUUGGACGGUUCACCGGACAACCACUCUUCCGUAGGUCAGGAAGGGAAUGAAUUCGUGUCAAAACUGUCGGAGGAAAUCCGGAAUGGUUUGCACAUAACGGCUGGAACACGCGACCCAGAUGUAUCUCCUUUUGAAGCGAGGGCUCUUGUGGAAGUAUGGCGCUCUGGGAAGAGAUCAGGAAUUGGCUCACUCGACCUUGAAGGGCUGACAGCGCAGGGCAGAAUCAAAGGAUUUUUUGGUUGAGGUUUCCUGUGGUCUUGCUUGCAAUAUACAUCUCCCCUCAUUAACCCGCAAUUCAAGGCCAGGCAGCAAGUCGAUACAUUCAUUAUUAGCUACAGCGAAAUCAAAACAUGAAAAUGCAAUAUACCACGGUGGACGCCAUCCGGCAGCUAUUCGUGCUUAUAUGUUGUAGAUAGAAGCUCAUCAGGCAAACACAUUUAGCAAAUGGAUAACCUUGUUGUACCGCGUAGUAGUAGAUAUAGGAACAUCAAGAAUAUUAUCCUCAAGUUCGUCG